UUUAUUGUUUAAUGUUAAUACGGUGAAGGUGUGCCCUGGGGAGUGUAUAUCACAAGACAAGUUUUCAUCGACGAAUAUCCAUUAAACUUCAGUGAAAGUUAUCGUGUUUAAUAUUACUGGUUCGUAACUUUGUUUUGUGAUUUAUUAAGGUGGAUUUAGUAUGUUUGAUGUUCAGCUGACAAGCCAGGAGACAAAGGGAAGGAGAUGGCUCGACAGCCGCGUACUGCGUGUUCCGCGCUCGCGCCGCCCCGCAGCCCGGAGGCCGAGACGCUUCGCGUUAGUGUCUUCCGCGCGGGAGCGAAAUUUCGCACGGCAUCCGUCGGGCCCGCGAUUCGUGAUGCUUAUGCGUAUGUCGGUUGUAUUGCAGCGACGCCGAGCGAUUCGACAGCCCCACCGCGUGGCAACGCCCGCGCCUGCCCUGGGGCUUCGCCCCUCGCGACUCGCCGCGCGCGUUCGGAACCCUCGCUCCUGCCAAUCCGCUAUUGGAACUCUAAAGAAUGUCGUCUCGACGCAACGGCUCAGUGUCUCGGGCGGCUGAGGCGGCGUCCAAGAAUCGCUUGCACAUGGACCGCAACCCGCAGCACUCGAGGUUGACUGGUGAGCAUUUCAAAUCUAUAUACAGUGGAUUUCGGGUAUAACGAUGAUGAAGAGACCACUCUAUUUUCGUCGUUAUAUCCGAAAGUCGUUACAGGCAAAGGUAACAAAUAAAUACUACAAUAACUAUAAUGUAUUGACAUUAUAGUUGCUACUCAGAAUAUCACUUCGUAAUUGAACCAUAAAUUUAACUCCCAAACAUACAACCUUUCCUACCUACUUAGCUGAUAUCUAUAAACAAAAGGUAAAGGUCUCCACACUUGCUGACCAUCUGUGUGAAAAACAAAAGAUAAGAAAUGUUUGUGAAAGAAAGAAAUCUUUGUGUCUUUGGCCUCCGACUUCCAUCCAAUAUCUGCAUGGGAUUUCUAGGAAUUUGUUACAAAUGAUUCAUUAAAAACAGUCCCUACACCUAAUUUAACAUCACUAUAGGUAAAUGGUUGCUACAACCAAGAAAUCCAUUGUACCAUAUGUUCCAUUGUCUUUGAGUUUGUCCAAUGGACAAUAAAACUAAAUGUAUAAUUUUUACAACACUAAAUUACCAAUGUCAAUGUGCUUUUAGAUUUAUUUGGUUGAGCCAUGUUACAUCCCUGUUUUUUUUUUAUUACUCUAUGAACCUGCCGCUCAGGGGCACGUAUGUAUUUAAACAUAUAUUUAAAUCAGGUAGACUAAGCUUUGCAGUGGAUAUCAUAAUACACAGACCCUACACCCUACAGACCCCCAUGUUCUAUAUACGAUACUUUUGAAAAAAUUAUGGAGGAAGUUUUUGCUAAGCUUAAUAAACAGAAUAAAUCUGUUGUAAUAUGUGGAGACUUUAAUAUCAAUCUCCUAGACGCUUCCUCAAUCAAUAUUAAUUUUAGAUCAUUGUUUAAAUCAUAUGGUCUUUUUAAUUUAUUUUUAGAGCCAACGCGUAUUGCUCAAUCUAGUGCAACAUGUAUAGAUAACAUUUUUACAAAUGUGAAGCCGUUGCAUAAAUGUAUAAUUCAAAAAUUAAGUUCUGAUCGCUGUGGACAGGUAGUUUCGUUACCUUAUGUUCACAAAAAGCAAGUAGAUGAGAAAGUUGUGUUUGUUCCAGUAAAUGCACGUCGCUUGGAGAAAUUUAGAAGUAACAUAGUGAAAAAACUUCCAUCACUCCAUAGCAAAAUGAUCCAAAUUUUUUGUAUGGAACAUUAUUUAAGCUUAUUUGCAAUGAAUUUAAUAAUACUUUUACUUCUAAAAUAUUCUCCUUGAACAGUCUGAAGUCAUUUAAUGAAUGGGCGACAGUAGGAGUCCAUAGGAGCAGACAUAGGUUAUAUGAUCUUUACCAUGAAAGGUCAUAUAAUCAUAGCGUCGAAUUUAGGGAAUAUGUGAAAAAAUAUUAAAAAUAUUUAAAAGAGUGUGCUCCACAGCCAAGUCUUUGCAUUUGAGCAACAAAAUUAAGACGGCUUCUAAUAAAAUUAAAAUGACAUGGAGUAUAAUUAAUAGCGAAACUGGUAAGAUCAACUCUAGCAAUUCAAACUACCAGUUAAGUGUUAGUAACAAAUUAAUCGAAUCAGAUCAGGACGUUGCAAUGGUUUUCGAGAAAUAUUUUACUGAUAUUCCGAUAUUAACCACUAAGUCACUGAAUUCUUCUCCUGCGGUCGCCGCAUCAUUACUUAAACAAAAUGUAAAUGCGUAUACAAAGAAUUUUGCAUUUCAUAAAGUAUCAUCAAAAGAUAUUGUAAAAUAUUUUAAAACUAUUGAUGUUAAGAAAACUGCGGAUCUGUGGGGGAUUUCCGUUAAAGUUAUUGCGUCUAUAAUAGAUACAAUCGCGCCUCAUUUAGCUAUUAUUUUUAAUACUAGUAUUGAAUCUGGUGUGUUUCCUGAUUUAAUGAAGCAUAGUAAAGUAAUACCUUUAUUUAAAUCUAGUAGUACAUUAGACCCCGCCAAUUUUAGACCUAUUUCUGUACUACCAACACUUAGUAAGAUUUUUGAAAAAAAUUUUCUUGAUCAAAUGUUAAAUUUCUUUAAUGUAAAUAAUUUAGUUCAUAAAAAUCAAUUUGGUUUCACAAGGGGUCGCUCGACAACUGAUGCCGGUGUUGAGCUGAUUAAAUAUAUAUUUAAUGCAUGGGAGAAUUCACAGGAUACAGUAUACUUUGUGAUCUAUCCAAAGCCUUCGAUUGUGUUCACCAUGAAACAUUAAUCAGGAAACUUCAACACUACGGUGUAAGAAGUGAUGCUCUUAAAUUAAUUAUUUCAUAUUUAAGUAAGAGAACGCAAAAAGUUGUCAUUAACGGUAUGAGUUCUUCCGGGUCGAUGGUACAAAUGGGCGUGCCUCAAGGCUCAAUUCUCGGCCCCUUUCUGUUUCUUGUAUACAUUAAUGACUUACCUUACAUAGUAAGAGAUAACCAUGAUAUAGUAUUAUUUGCAGAUGACACUUCUUUAAUUUUCAAAUUAAGUCGACAAUUGCUAAAAUAUGACUGAGUAAAUAAUGCUAUAUCUAAAUUAGUAAAUUGGUUCAAUGUUAAUAAUUUGCAUUUAAAUGGCACUAAAACGAAAUGUAUGAAAUUUAUGACUCCAAAUGUCAAACAAUUAAAUACUAAUGUAAUUUUAAAUGGGGAGAAACUGAGUCUUGUAGAUACCACCAUUUUUCUUGGAAUCACACUAGACGCGAAGCUUCAAUGGAGCCCCCAUAUAUCAAAACUAGCAAGCAGACUUAGUUCUGCAGCAUAUGCCGUAAAAAAGAUUAGAAGUCUAACUAGUGUUGAAACAGCUAGACUAGUUUACUUUAGCUAUUUCCAUAGCAUAAUGUCGUAUGGUAUUUUGCUAUGUGUCCCCAUAGCAAAGUACCAUACGACAUUAUGCUACGCAGCUGACACUGAAAUUAUAUUUGUUUUACAGAAGAGGGCUAUAAGAGCAAUUUAUGAUUUAAAGCCUAAAGAGUCGCUGCGACAAAAAUUUAAGGAAAUUAAUAUAUUAACUUUGGCGUCUCAAUACAUUUAUGAAAAUGUAAUGUACGUACACAAAAAUAAAAGUAGUUUUACAAAAAUAAGUGAUAUUGAUUCUGUAAAUACUAGGAACAGACACAAGCUAGUAGUACCAGUUAAUCGACUCCAUCGAGUCAGUAAUUCAUUGUUGGGGCGAUGUAUACGCUUUUACAACAAAAUUCCAGAAAAUAUACAAAAUUUGACCUGCUCAAAGUUCAAAAACUUUAUUAAACUAAGUUUGUAUAAAAAGGGUUAUUAUAAUAUUAAUGAAUUUAUAGAUGAUAAUAACCCCUGGAAAUGAGGUGAUCGCUACCAAGCUAUUAUUUCUAAUUUGUUGUGUUGUUAAUUUGUGUAACAUACAUGAUUGUAAGCUGUUAUUUAAAAAAAAAGUCCCGCUGGGUUUCUUGCUGGUUCUUCCCAGGACAGAGGUUUUUUUUUCGAACCAGUGGUAAUCAUACAAAAGAGUGACUUUCAAUAAGUAUUAUUUAUAAUCUAUAUGGAAUAAAAAGUUUCUGUUUCUGUUUCAUAAUAAAUUUUAAAGAAAAUUUUUGUCACUAAGGGUGGUAAAAUAGGGGAUGAAGUUUUACAUGAUCAUCAUUACAGCCCUUCACAAGUCCACUGCUGAACAUAGGCCUACUCCAAGGAAUGUCACAAAGCACAGCCCUGAGCCACCUACAUCCAUCGACUUCCUGUUCCUGUAUGUUUUACCAACUAUAGUUUUUAAUAUUUAGAGUCUAAAUUUUAGACAUUCUAAUUUAUCUAUAUUAACUUAUAUAUCUUAGUCCACUCAAAAUAGUAAAAAAUAAGGAAAACAAUUCCAUCUAAUAACUGCAGCAACUUUACAAGCUAUUAUGUGGAAUUUUGAUUGAACUAUGAAUUGUAUUUUGAGUGGACUAAGGAAUGUCACAAGUUCAAGGUUUAAUAUGUGGUAGAGCCAUGCUGCAGCUAUAACUAUAUUAGUAGUAUAGUUGUAGCACAAAUGAGUCAGCUCGAACGGGGUAGGACCACGCUCUCACUGAAUACCAGUAACAAAUAGCAGCUUAAUGCUGCUGUGUUUCGUGUGGUGAGUGUAGAGAACCGAAGACACUUUUUACUGGAAAUGAGGCAUUCCAUUGUAGUCCUCACGGAUGACAAACCAUCUGCAUUUUGAUUCGUAAUCAAGGAUAGAUCUAGAUAUCUAUGGGCCACAGCAUCCACAUAGCAUCAGUACCAGUGAACGAACAUGUCUUAGAUCUAUACACUGGUUGUACAAUCAUGUUUUCAACUUUUGAGUUAUAUACAUGAGAAUUUGGGUUGUAAUCUCACAAAUGCUGCCAGUCUGUCAAUUGAUUUAUCUUUCGGUCGAAGUUAGAUUUGCCAAGUCGCACAAUAAUCAUCAACAACUUCGAGCACAGUGUUCCUAACAACUACUGGCAUAGGUGUGACCUUUGUGUAUUGUCCGUGUUCAUAACAACACCUAUCUGUUGGGAGACACAAUUAAGAAUAUUGAGCAUAGUGCUGAGGUCUUCCAGCGAUUCUGCCAUAAUGUCUAUAAUCUAUAUCACCAACAAAUCGAAGGGAGUGAUGUACUCGUCAUUGAUGGUACUGUAUACUAUCCAAUCCAGCCAGUUGAAAACUACUUCCAAUGCAGCGGUGAAGAGUUUCAGGGUAACAUCAACCUCUCUGCACUCUGUUUCGUACUCUGGUUCCAUACUCAGACAGCCACUGUAGCUCUACAGUACAAACACUAACACUUCAAUAUACGGACUGUCGACUUGGCACUGCUAAAGGGGAUACUUUUCGACGGCAUGUAGUACAUCCACUUAAGCAAGAUGAAGUGGUAGAUUGUACUCUUUAAUCUUCUUUCUUUAUAUAUCCCAAUUCUGUUCUUAAUUUCACCAAUUUCUCAGAAACUGCUAAAUUGAUUUGAACUAUUCUUCUUCUAUUAUAUGGGUAACAGGGUGGAGAAUAAGGAAUGUUACUUUUUUUAUAGGAUAAGGGUGACAAGAAGCACACAGUCCACCUGAUGCUAAGUGGAUGCUGGGGCUCAUAGACAUCAACAUCUAUCCUUGACUACGAAUCAAAAUGCAGAUGCGUUGUCACCCGUGAGGACUAAGAUGGAACGCCUUGUUUAUGUACCCACUAGAUGAGCAUAAAAAUAUCAUAAAUACCAAUAUGGACGAGACCUGGAUCCACCAUUUUAAUGCUGAAACCAAACAACAAUCAAUGGUUUGGAAAUGAGCGUCCUCACCGACGCCGAAGAAGUGUCAAGUACGGCUGGAAAGGUUAUGGCGUCCGUUUUAGCGAGACAAACGAACAGCAAUUGAUUUUUAUAUAUAGAUAUUACAUUGAUACUAUAUUUAUUUCGAGAGGCCCUCUUUUCCAGAAAAAAAUAUUGUUUCAAUGUCAGUCGGGUUACUCUGUAGCGAAAUUUCAUAUAACUAGGUAUGCUAUAAAAAUAACUAAAUUAAACCAACCUUGCUCUUUCAACAUCAGCACUAAGUCUAAUUGUUAAUUCAGAUAUAUAUUCCCCCCUUAAAUUUGAGUAAUAACUAAUAAUCAAUUCAUUCAUUCAUUACAGCCCUUCACAAGUCCACUGCUGAACAUAGGCCUCCCCAAAAGAAUGCCACAAAGCACGGUCCUGAGCCACCUGCAUCCAUCGACUUCCUGCAUGUCUUACCAGGUCGUCACUCCAUCUCGUGGGGGGACGCCCUACACUUCGCCUACCGGUACGAGGCUGCCACUCGAGAACCUUUCUUCCCCAUCGGUUGUCGGUUCUUCGAGCUAUAUGGCCGGCCCACUGCCACUUCAGCUUACUAAUCCGUUGGGCUAUGUCGGUUACUCUGGUUCUACUGCGGAUAUCCUCAUUCCUAAGUUUAUCACGCAGAGAAACUCCGAGCAUAGCCCUCUCCAUAGCUCGCUGAGCGACCUUGAGCUUCCUCAUACGGCCAGCAGUGAAGGACCACGUCUCUGUUCCGUAAGUCAUCACUGGCAACACGCACUGGUUGUACAAUUUCGUUUUAAGGUUUUGAGGUAUGUCUGACGAGAAGAUGUGUCGUAGCUUCCCGAACGCUGCCCAGCCGAGUUGAAUCCGUCGAUUGACCUCUCGGUCGAAGUUGGGCUUACCUAGUCGGACUAUUUGUCCCAGGUAAACAUACUCGUCAACAACUUCGAGCUUAGUGCUCCCAACAACUACCGGCAUAGGUGUGACAUGGACAUUAAACAUGAUCUUUGUUUUGUCCAUGUUCAUCUUAAGACCUAUCCGUUGGGAAACACUAUUGAGGUCAUUGAGCAUAGUGCUUAGGUCCUCCAGCGAUUCUGCCAUAAGGACUAUAUCGUCGGCAAAUCGAAGGUGAGUGAUGUAAGACUAAUAAUCAAUAAUAUAUAAUAAUUUUAAUUCAAAGCAAAAACGCUUGUUUUGUUCCUUUCAUGAAAUCUUUACUUUUCAUUGGGGCCCCCCAACAAAUUUUGAUACAGGGCCCAUCUAAGGCACGCUACGCCGCUGCUUAGUCCUCACGCGUGACAACGCAUCUGCAUUUCGAUUCUUUAAUGAGGAUAGAUGUAUAUGUCUAUAGCGCACAGCAACCACUUACCAUCAUGUGGACUGUGUGCUCGUUUGUCACCCGAUCC